AUGCACAUCACAGAUCCAACGUCAAGCAAACGCUACCAAGGCUUAACAGCUCAAGAGAUUAUAUCGUUAAAAAAGCAAAGAAAACAGCGAUCAUUGGAGGAGAAGCGUGUACGCGAGGAGAUGGAGAAACAGGAGCAAGUUUGCAAACGAUGCGGAGCUCAAGGGCAUAAAGAUGCACGAAGUCGGGAGUGCCCCUACAACAAAAGCAAGAAGCGUACCAAGGAAGACGCCGAAAAGAAAAGAGACGCCAACAAAAAACGCAAACUGGAAGCACAAGGGCGAAAAACCGACCCGUGCAAGAAAUGCACUGACGAAGGGAUUUACGACCCUGAGGGCAAUCCUCACGCCUCCAGUCGAAAACCAAGUUGUCCAUUCCAUGAAAUCUUACUCGAAGAGCAUCUUUCCCAGAAGCUUCGAGGACAACACAGGCGAUAUGUGGUUAAGAUCGGCUUUGCAAAAGCACUGAAUUUGCCGCCAGAUUCGGCAGCACGAUUCACUUCCGAACUUGAACGGAUAGUUGACGUUGUACGAGAAGUGGCCGUAAAAUCCAUGCUAUUCGCGAAUUUUUUCCUUUUGUACCUGUUGGACAAUCCCAUGAACGAGUUACCGAUCAUUUUUUUCUCGCAACAAUUGUUUUAUGCAUGCCAACAGCUCGUCCUCGGAAAGCCAGUGACUAACACCAACUUACCCAUUGCCCAAAUGACCCGCAUUUUUGAAGAGCUCUCGUUGACAACCAUUCCUUGCAUGAAAAUUUCUCCACGUUUUGCAAAUCGAAGCAUCCUAUACGCAAACGUACUUGCUUAUCAGGCACAACAAUCAGCGACGAUAUUUAUCAACAACAUCGUUGAACCUUUUGCGAACAGGGCAAAACGUUAUUUUUUCGUCGAAAUCCGAAUGCUAUUACCGGAUCUCGGUGAGCGCCAAGCAUGGCGUUUUGCCGCAUACAUAUACAGUUGCAUCACGCCAAAUCCUACCGAUUGGCCUGAAGGUGUGGACCACACCGCCGACUUAGACAUCAUCGUUGGCGAGAUUCUCGAAAGCACAGAACUUCCUCUCUCCCUCUUGGUCACAGAAGAAAACCUCACGCGCAACCCUGGCCCGUUUUUCAAGUUCCUUCAUUUUGCGCUAUCAGUCAUCGAACUGUACAACGAUCAAAAAUUCUAUGCUGCUUGUGAACCACAGUCAGAAGCCACGCUUCGUUGGUUAUAUACCACCGUUUUCAAUACUUGCGAAGAACUUCAGCGCACCAGCAAAUUACGACGAAGGAAGCUCGCUUUAGCCAUUUGCAACUCGAUUAACAAGAACGAACCGCCGCAAUUGCGCGAUCUGUCGGAGGCAACAAUUGCAGAGAUUCAAGUGUUCAUUUCUCAUACACGCACACUGAUCGCGACGAACAAUUUCUAUCCGCCUGUGGAGACAAUUCUCAAUACCAUCCGCUCUUUCCUCUUGUCCCACGUUUGAGUUUCAUUCGACCACACGUGAUGAUAGACACCACCACGUUGCAGGCAAUUUUGCGACGAUCUGACAACGGAGAAUUUUUGAUGAAAAUUGCACCAAACCAUCAUCACAACAAUACAUGAUGUAAUGACACUCCAAUUUGCACGAGUUUUCGAUUUGGCGAAAAUACGUUAUAGACCAACAGAUACCCACAGAGCAUUUACCAACCAUCUUGCCACAGACGGCCAUGCAGCAUCUUUCAUUUUUGCAAAGGCAAUAUCAACU